AUGUUCUUCAUUUACCUUCAUAUCAAACCAGCAAAAGGGUCUUCUUCCAGCAAUACAGGAAUGCUUCCUGGAGUUGAGCAAAGGUUUUGUGUGAGGCAUUUGUAUGCCAACUUCAGGAAGAAAUUCCCUGGAAAAAACCUCAAACGUUUAAUGUGGAGGGCAGCUACAGCCACAUACCCACAAACCUGGGAGAUGGAAAUGAGAAACAUCAGAGGACUGAACAAAGAUGCUUAUAAGCAUUUAAUUGCCAUCCCUCCAAGGUAUUGGUCAAGAUCAAGGUUCACUUCAAGAGCUAAAUGUGACACCUUAGUUAACAAUAUGAGUGAGGGCUUCAAUAGUGUCCUCCUAACUACCAGGAGUAAACCCAUUAUUACCUUGUUGGAGGAGAUACGGCUGUACAUCAUGCAAAGAUGGGCCAAGAACAGGUCAAGGAUAUCAUCAUUUACUGGAUCCAUUUCUCCCAAGAUCCAAUCCAGAUUUAGAAAGGAAUCCCAGUUAACUAAAAGUUGGAUUCCUAGUUGGUCAGGCAACAAGCUAUUUGAAGUUCGUCACAUGUCCAACAGUGGAGAUAAGUUCGUAGUGAACAUAGAUGACUCCUCAUGCACAUGCAGAACUUGGAUGAUCACUGGAAUUCCCUGUUGUCAUUCAUUAGCUGCUAUGAAGUUCCUCAACAUUGAUGGAGAACAAUUUAUUGACCCUUGCUACAUGAAGUCCACAUAUGAGGAGACAUAUUCAUCAAUUAUAUAUCCCAUAAAUGGAGCCAACAUGUGGAACAUAACUCCAUAUCCUGAUGUGUCUCCUCCACACAAAAGAGUAUUGCUUGGAAGACCAAAAAGAAAAUGA